GAUAUGCGACGCGAGCGCAGUCCGUUGUGUUGUGAGUUGGCGGUCAGUUCGCGAUCACAUAACAAACGUAGUGUUGAACAAGCGAUAUGAAUUCAAAACUCGUGAUUAUUAUUGUACUCAGCUCUUAUUCGUACGGAUUCCAGUACGACGGUCUCCGGGUGAAAUUUGGCUGGUCUGACGCGCUGGCGGACAUCGAAUACUUCUACAGCAUACCGCGCACCAUAAAGGAUGCAGAAAAUGACGGUUGGCGCAGGACUGAACCACCGCCGGGACCUAUUCUCGAGUUAAGGAUGUACUGUCCUCCGGGAAGGGUUGUCUGCCCACUAUACGAUACUUCAGGCUUCGUGGCCGGCUUGCAAAUAGCUAUUCCGGUCGACGAGUUUGAAUCUUCUGUUAUCAAGCCUGAGAAGAAGUUCGUGAAAUGGUACGCAGCACCCGCGGAAGGAGAACCCUCUAGGGACUAUUGGACAGCCACUCAAUACUAUGUGUCAGAAGAAUCUCUGAAGGCCGGAGCCGGUCCACAAAUAGAAAACGGAGCUACAUUGCAGGACGGUGGAGUGUGGGUCGCCGGACCAGACGCUCACCUUCUCCGAAUCCCCACCACGGAAGCUGAACUAAACAGCACUUUCUUCAAAAAACAGAAUUGCAUCCCAAAUAUGGGCACACACUAUUAUUACAACAUGACAAGAAAAAUGGACUGCGAAGAAAUGCUACUGUGGUUCGCAUUAAUCACGGACAGCGAACUGGUUGGCACCGGCUUUCAGACCAUAGGGAAACUAAACAAGAAAAAUCUGAAAGAUCGAAACUGGUUUGAAACAGUUCCAGGGGCCAGACGAGCAACAGAGCUGGCAAUACCACACGCCCCUGACUGCCUACGAGAUUGGACGGAGAAGUAUGGCGUUAUAUCAAUGCACAUCUACUACACGAAUAAACCUUGGGAAAUUCGUUGCAAGUCCGGUGAUUCCAUAAAGCCAGGUCCACCCCUGGACAGACUGAUACUCAACGGCUUGCGAUACGCCAACCAAAUUUCCGAUGAAGUUCAAAAAUUAUUCAGCGGUUAACCCUAAACUAUAACAUUUUAAUUGACUGCGGGGUAUUUGAGGCCAUUCUGUAAACUGAAGAGGAUUAAUAGAGCUGGCCAUAUUUAACACGACAAUACUAGAAAAUCACGUUCAAAAAUAAUUAUUUC